GCAGAUAGUGAAGUAGGUACGUAGGUCCUGAUCUCCUAAGACUUGAGAGGGGAUCGGACAACCAACCGUUUUUUGAGGCCAAAAAAAAUGAGUGGAACACCGAGCGGUAAUGUGAGGGCGCAGUUCGUUGUAGUCCACGGCGCAGGGCAUGGGGCGUGGUGCUGGUACAAGAUCCGGUCUUUAAUGGAGACGUCAGGGCACCAGAUGACGUGCCUGGAUCUUAAAGGCGCAGGAAUUGAUCCAUCAGAUCCCAAUACCAUCUUCUCUUUGGAAGACUAUCAUCAACCUCUUGCUACCUUCUUAUCCAACUUGCCACAAAAUCAAAAGGUAAUAUUGGUGGGACAUAGUUCGGGAGGUGUGAGCCUGACGGACGCAAUACACAGGUUCCCUCACAAAAUUCACAUGGCCAUCUACGUUGCAGCCAACAUGUUGAAGCAUGGUUUCUCCACGGAUCAAGAUCGCAAAGAUGGUCAGCCAGAUUUAUCUAGUUUUGGGAAUGUUAGUGAGAUAGAAUAUGGGAUGGGCCCUGAUGAGCCUCCUACAAGUGUCAAAAUAAAGGAGCAGUUUCAACGCCAAAUACUGUAUAAUAUGAGCCCUAAAGAGGACGCCAUCUUAGCAUCAAUGCUGAUUCGACCAGCACCAAUGAGACCAUUCAGAGAUCGUUUAGUAGGAGGACCAGAUGCUGACAGAGUGCCGCGUGUAUACAUCAAGACAAUGCAUGAUCGAGUUUUGAAGCUUGAGCAACAAGAUGCGAUGAUCAAAAGGUGGCCGCCAUUCAAAGUCUUUGUUUUAGAGAGCGAUCACAGCCCCUUUUUCUCCACCCCAUCUUUGCUCUUUGGCUUUCUGCUUGAAGCAGCAGCUUCCGUCGAAUGUAUUUAAAUUUGCUUUUUUCACAUUUUCUGACCCAUUGGAAUGUAUGAGCAUCACUCUAUAAUGCCAGACGAUUUUCUUAUUUAA